CCGAAGCUGAACAUCAACCAUUCUUCUGCAACUCUUUCAAGCGUAUAAUCUUUUCUGAAGUGCUUUUUUUACGGCUGCUGCUUCGUUCUGGACUAAAAGUAAACUCGUCGGGAGAAUGAAGAGGGUAAAAGAAGUGGAGGACGACGAGGUGGAUGGGUUCGAGUGUUGCACUCAAUGGGCCUUGCUUUUGUUUAAUCUCCCUCUCAUGCUCAUGGGCAUAGCUCUCAUCAUCUUAGGAGUGGUGGGUCUUACCGAGCACGGCUACAUCGCCGAUGCUCUUCAAGCCGAAAAUGGCGGACUUUUCACCGGCGUCAUGGUUCUUCUCAUUGUUGUUGGGGCUCUCAUGAUGAUCUUGGCUGUGAUUGGAUGCGUCGCAGCCUUUGUGGAGUCGCAUACCUUGCUCAUGAUUUACUACGUCUCCGUUCUGGUUGCAUUCCUACUUAUCGUCAUUGGCAUGGUUCUGGGGUACGUUUAUCGUGGACAACUAGAAACGACAUUGAGACAAGAACUGCUGGACACAAUGCCCUCGUACGAUCCCGAGAAACCUCAGGACUCAAUCACGCUAGCCUGGGACAAGACCCAAGGAAAUUUGGAAUGCUGUGGAGUGGCCAAGGGCGAGGAGCGACCAUGGAAAGCCUGGCUGACCAACCAACGGUUGAACUCGGGUCAGGCCGAUAGCAGAGUGCCAGAAUCAUGUUGUUUGGCCACCAGCAAUGCCAAUGGGCAACGAGCCAAUUGCAACGACGGGAACAAAGUGGUCGAAUCCUUGGUCUACCAACAAGACUGCUUCACCGGGGCGGCCCAAUUUUUGGAGACCAACAUGAGCACGUUGACAAUUGUAUGCAUAUUUUUUGCAUUGACCUUGAUGGUGGCAGCAGCUCUUUCCAUAAGCUUGUACAUUUUGAUUGAUUGAAUUGUACAUGGAUCGUCAUUCUUUUCAUCAAAUUCAUUUUUCUCAUUCA